UAACAGUGACUAUCUGCUACUAGAUGGCAUCAGUUAUAUUCUGUCAGAGACAGCUGAGAUUGUGUGUUAAAAAAACUUCGUACAAAAAAUAAUAUAAAUAUGUUCAGAAUUCUGGGAUUAAAUUUAUCCAAUACAACAGCACCUAAGAUAAAUAUUGCGGUACGUGCGUAUUGUGCAAUAAAACAGAAUGAUGAACCCAUAGACAUUCCAAAUCCGUUUGAAAAAGAAAAAAAACUAUGCAUUCUUUGUAAAAAUGAUAUAAGUCCUGAUUACAAAAACGUGAAACUACUGUCACAGUUUCAGUCGCCUUAUACAGGUCGUAUUUAUGGUAGACAUAUUACUGGUUUAUGCAAGCAAAAACAGGAGGAAGUUGAAAUAGCAAUCGCACGUGCACAACGAUGUGCAUUGAUGCCAACUUAUUAUAAGGACAUUGACUUUUUGCAAGAUCCUAAACUCUUUGAGCCUGAAAAACCAACUCGACCACAUAAAUAUUAAAUUAUUAUUUAAAUUCUGUAAAUGGACUUCAGUGCUUUGACCUAAUGAGUUAUAUAUUGGUCAUUGUUAUAAAACUGACCCUGCAAAUAUGAAACUCUGCUCGUAAAUAACAUAUUUAAUAAAUGUUUCAAAAUCUUA